UUUUUCUAUUGGUUCAUUUCUGAAAGGGUUUAAAAUAAAUCUGCCAUUUGUUUCUUGUAGGACACUUUAAUACAGGGCAGCGUUUUUCAGUUCCUACAGGACGGUUAGCUAAGCUAGCUAACAUUAACUAAUUUAGCUAAGCGAAAGCGGAUAGGACGGCUAACAUUAGCCUAACCGUUGUGAUGUUAGAACGUUAAUUUAAUGCUAUUAGUUUUAAUGCUAAUUGAUUCAACUUUGCCUGCUGGCGUUACUGUGAAGAUGUCUGGCUUCAAAGUGAGCUCUGAAACUGUGAUUCUCCGGGCGGGCAGCGACCACUCGGUGACCGGAGACCCCAGAGUGCUGGCCAACCUGCGGGCCCUGGAGCAGACCUGCCCGGUGUCCUGCUGCUUUGGCGGCUUGCAGACGGACGUCCAGCCGGGCAUGAGGAGGACACUGGUACUGUGGAUGUUACAGGUGUGUGAGGAGCAGAAAUGUGAGGAAGAAGUAUUUCCACAGGCGGUGCGGUACCUGGACUCUUACCUGAACCGGUUUGCCAUUGAGAAGUCCAACCUGCAGCAUUUAGGGACAGUUUGUUUGCUCCUGGCGUCCAAAAUGAGAGAACACGUCCCCCUGUCUGCUAACAAGCUUCAUAUCUACACAGACAACUCCAUCCCAGUCUCGGACAUUCUGCAGUGGGAGGUAGCAGUGGUGUCCAGGUUAGACUGGUGUCUGGCCUCUGUGGUACCCUCUGACUUCCUGGAGCCAAUUCUUCACACUCUCCCCUUUGUUUCGGCCCCCCAUCUUAAAACCUUGCGCAGGCAUGUUCACUCCUACAUUGCCCUGGCAGCCACGGACUGCAGGUUCUCAGCCUUCUUGCCCUCCACUGUUGCUUGUGCCUGUGUGAGCAUUGCCAUGCAAAGGCUCAAGUUGGUGGACAGUGCUACCUCCCCAGAUUCAGUGCUGAAGUUUUUGGACAACCUUUUGGCUCCUGUUCUGAGUGAAGUGCUCCUCUGCUAUGAGCAGCUCGGGAGUAUGUUAAGGCUCAUCCUGCCCCCCUGUUCCCAUGAUGCUAUUAGCUGCACCCCUGCUGACUUUCAGGAUGUUGAAUUGACACCGGUGUCACCCCCUCAGGAAAUCAAGCUUAAAACACUCCACCCUGCCAUGAAUGGCUUGAAUGAACUAUAGGUUCACAUCCAUGAGACGGAACAAGAAGCCCAAACGAAAUCCUCUGCAGCUUUGUUUCUGGAUGUUUAGAUCGAAGGUUGAAGCUUCUUUCUUUGCAGUGUUGCUGCAGUUUGAGGUUUGUUUAAAAUAUAUUGUGUUCCUGCUUAAACUACUUUGCAAUUACUACAGUAAGUUUGAGAGUUUAGUUUUACUAAUUGUGCCUUUCAUUAUUACUUGAACCCACACUAUACUUGAGUCCUGAUAGCAGUCUUUGCACAUUUUAAUUGUAAUAUUUUUUAUUCAUUUAUUAUUUGAGUUUCUCUGGACUUUGAUGAAAUUCUAACACUUGUAUCGACA